CAUCUUCUUCUCCUUCUUCUUCAAUUUCCCCAAAUUCAAUCUUCCAAAAUUAGGGCGCAAAAUUCAAUAUGGCGAAUCAAGGAGCAAAAAAGCGAAAGGAAGAAAACACUCGUCAUAUGAAGAAACUCUUUCAGCUCAUAAUUGCCUGCAACGUAAUUUAUUUAUUGGUGAGAGCUGGAAUUUUCUAUAAAAGUUUUACAUGGAAGCAUAUAGUAGGAUUAUUGUUGACUUCAUUGGCAUAUGUAUUGCCAUACAAACAAUUGGAUUCAAUGGCGAAGCCAAGUUAUGGUGAUGAUGGGGAGAUGUUUGAUGGUGGAUAUGAUAUGAGUACUGGUGGAAUUUGUGGAUAUUUACAUGAUAUAAUCUACAUUACAUGUUUCGUGCAAUUGGCUUCUAUCAUCUCCGACAAGUUCUGGUACACAUAUCUAGUGAUACCUGCAUUCGCCGCAUACCAGCUCUCCGGAUUUAUCAAAGGACUUUUACCUCAAGGUUCCGAGGACGUUGAAGAGGACGAGAAGACCAGAAAAAAGAGAGAAAAGUUGGAGAAGAAAGCUUCAAGAACCAAAUUCAUCAAAACAAGAGCUCGUUAAUUCAGCAUUCUGCAUCGUAGUGAUGUAGGUCGUGCUGAGACCUAUACAUUGACCGAUGACUAAUGUUUUCCCUCGAUGUAAGGAAAAUGUGAUUUAGCACACGAGCUAUCUCGAGACUGGAUAUCGAUGUACUCUGAUGUUGUUGGAAGUUAUUACUUUGGGUAACUUUGUCGUAUCACCAGAUACACAUCCUCUUUUGUUUUGUUUAAUGUAUCUGUGUAUGUCUUGAUUGCUGAUGCCCUUUUUCGGGUUAUGUUCUAUGAGUGUAUAUUACUCC